CCGUCCCUGCCUGUCUCAUGACAAAUACAAAAACUUAUUCGAGCUUUUGCAGCACAAGAUGUUAAUGAUGUUUCAGCUUUGCCAAGUUAUGGUGAUAUUGAUCAGUUUCUCGAGCUCUAUUACUUUGCUUGCUUCUGAUCAGCUACAUCCAGGAGAAGUUGAAGCGUUAAGACAAAUCGGUAAGACAGUAAACAAGGAUGGCCAACUAUCCUUGAAGUUCGACGAUCGUUGUCAACAGGAAGGAGUCGUUAAGGCAGUACUGACUCCUGCUCCACCAAACUCAGAAGUGAACGGCACAAACGAAUGUAACUGCAGCAUCACUGAUGAUAAUUACUGUCACAUUACUUCAUUCCAGCUCAAAGAUUACAGUCUUCCAGGCAGGCUUCCUCCGGAAUUGGCCAACCUUACUUAUGUCCAAAAAAUAGAUUUCACUCGCAACUAUCUAUACGGCACAAUUCCGGUGGAAUGGGCUUCGAUGAAAAAUCUGUUUUUCAUCUCGCUUACUGCAAAUCGCUUGUCAGGAAAUAUUCCUGGACAUUUGGGAAAUUUUUCUGCCCUCACCUACUUGAGCCUUGAAUCAAAUCAGUUUUCUGGUGUUGUCCCACCUGAGCUUGGCAAGCUUGUCAACUUAAAAACUCUGAUACUCUCCGGCAAUAAGUUAGUGGGGACCUUGCCAGAGGAACUUGCGCAGAUAAAAAACUUGAAGGAUUUUCGCGUAAGUGAUAAUAAUCUUAAAGGCACCGUACCCAAGUUCAUUGGGAACUGGACUCAACUUCAAAGGCUUGAAUUGUACGCGACUGGAUUGCAAGGACCCAUACCUCGUAAAAUUUUUCAUUUGGAAAAGUUGUCUGAUUUGAGGAUUACUGAUAUGCCUGGACCAGAGUUUCAGUUACCUAACGCGACGAUUAAAAGGGAUAACUUGGUUCUGAGGAACAUCAAUUUAACUGGAACAAUCCCAGAAGACGCAUGGAAAGUGGAAAAAACACUCGACUUAACUUUUAACAAGUUGGUUGGGGAGAUUCCUCCUAAUACAAUACAACGACAGUUUACGUGAGCAAUGUUAAAGUUUUUGAGUGGCAACAAGCUGACUGGAACAGUGCAAGACUCAUUCCUCCAAAACAGCCAAAAUCUUGAUGUUUCGUACAAUAACUUUUCACGGUCACCAAGAUGCAGCGGCAGUAACGG